GUGAACUGUCAUUAAAAAAAAACAAAAAUUUAAGGACGCGUCUUUCUUGUUUUGUUUAUCAACCAAACUGUUUUUAUCCGUUUCUGUGAUUUUUUGGAUGGCAAUAUUUCCUAGCGGAAAGCCGGAAUGAACCGCCCGAAAAAGUGUUGUGUUUAUCGUGAUUGCAUUGUGAAUAGCCAAACCCAUCCGGAGCUCACCUUGUUUCAGUUCCCGAAGAGCGAGGAACGUGCAGCCAAGUGGUCCGAGCUGGGGUUGGUCGAUCCUACCGAGCUGCGACUGCGGUAUAUGUGCGAACUGCACUUCCCGCGGAUAUAUAUGUGCUUCAGCUCCCGGCGGAAGAUGCUACUGAGUACGGCAAUGCCCCAUGCCUAUGGUACGUGUCCGGAGGGCGAGCAGGAAGUCCAGAGCUCGUCUAUGGUGGAGGAGGAGGAACAUUUGGACGAAAGUAUGAUUGAUGAAAAUGACGAUGUAGCCACGGAAAUCGUUUACGUGCAACCGGAAGCGGACGACCCCAAUGAGGGAGAUGAGCUUAUCGAACCACUUCCGAUAAGGAAGCGAUCGUCCUCAACUGAAUCCCCAGUCUUGACGAAGAUCAUCAAAGUGGAAAAAAUGCCCGCCAUUUCACACUCGAUGCUCGUGUCGUCCUCGUCAUCGUCCUGUACACCUAAACCGUGGCCGCUGGAUGAUGGACAGAAAUUCACCACUCCGCCCAAGGGUGCCAUCUUACGGAGGGUCAAACUGAAGAAACGUCCCAGCGAAUCGAAAACAAUCGUCAUCAACAAAACAUCUCCGAGUUCAGCAGCUCAGAGCACCACCACUGAGGCCACAGCAGUUUCGAUAGCUGAGUCAGCCUUGAGUUGUCCACCCGAGAAGAAGACUCCUUCCAAUUCCGAUUCAGAGGCUUUCGACAAAGUGCCGCCGAAGGAAGUACGAUCUCCGAAGAAAGCCAUCAAUCCCGUGGCAAUUAGUAGCAGCAGCAGCACAGUCGUAAAGACUAACACAGCGAAGCCAGUCAAGGUGGAAGCUAAACCGCAGGAACAAUCCUGCAGUCCGGUCAAGAAGGACGAAUCGGUCUACGAGUUCAUCUUCAAGGGCGAAGAGUACCUCCAACUACCGAAAGCUAAGUAUUACGAAGAGCAGAAAUUACUUAGGGAGCAGUUGGAGCAAUGUGAAGGUGAGAAAAUUAGAAUGCAGCAGAAAGUUGAAUACUAUCGUCGAACGAUAGGCGAAUUGAAGAAACUUCUGGCCAAUGUAAAAGAUGGUGAAGACGAUGAAACCGAUGAAUGAAACAAAAGGAAAAUUUAAA